CCAUGGAUUGGAAUUGAUUUCAUUUUCUCCUUCUUUUUCAUAGACACUGGUUUUCCUCUCUCUGCUCAUUUCUGAUUGCUUUGUCUAAAUAAAAUUGAGCCACCUUGUUGUACUAGUGCACCAGCUCAUCAAUCAUUUUCAAACAACCCAUCAGCUUCAACCUCGGCUUUGUCUUCUUUGUGUCCUCUGCAGCUCUGUAAAUUACCAUUCGGUGGUUUUGCCAAGCAAAAACAAGAAAAAAUGUUCAGGUAAUAAACAACGUUCCUCAACCAUUCUACAAAGAAAACAGGGCAAAGGGUCUCAUACCCUCUGCCCAAAAUAUCAUCUUUCGUCCUUGAUCAUUGAGAAAGGAGGAGUCUUUAUUUUUCUUUCUUGGUUUUUCAAGAGUCAAAUCUAAGUUAAUGGCAGGAUGGUCAGUUUCGACAAAUGGGUCCGUGUUAGAUUUGGCUGAGAUUACUGAUGCUAAUCCAAUUAAUGGUGAUAGUCUUGGUAGUGGUAUUGAAUCUGUAAAAGAUGGUGUAGAAUGUGGUGGUGAUGAUGAUGAUGAUCACAAGGGUACUGAUGUUGAUACUGUAAAAGAUGGUGUAGAAUGUGUUGAUGAUGAUUAUAGGGGUAGGCAGAGAUGUACAUUUGAUCAGGUUCUAUCUGUUUUCCUUAAGGAUAUUGGUGAUAGAGGUGUUGUUAGGCCUGUGCCUGCAGUUUCAGUUUUUGGUGAUAGGCAACAUGUGGAUUUGUUCAAAUUGUUCUGUGUUGUGAGAGAUAAAGGUGGGUAUGAUUUGGUUUCGAAGAAGAGGCUGUGGUCUUUUGUGUCCAAAGAAUUGGGCUUGGAUGGUGGAGCAACGGCGGCUUCUGUAAAAUUGAUCUACUUCAAGUAUUUGAACGAGUUGGAGAUAUGGUUUAGGGAGACUUGUACGAGUAGGAGCUUGGGAAAUGGGGAGUCUGGAAGGUAUGGGACUUCUCUUUUGUUGUCUUUGGAGCUAGAGAGAGAGUUUAGAGGUUUGUUGUUGGACGGGACAGAGCAGAAGGACAACGGUGAUGGACUGGUUCAUUUGGAAUCUGACCAAAAUGGGAAGAUUGAAUAUAGUUUAUCAGAUACCAAAGAUGCAUGUACAAUGCAUUCAGGUACUGGAACUUGCAAUGGUGAUGACGACGAAAAUGUUUGUAAUGAUGAUCAAAAUGGUACUUUGAUAUUACCCUCCAGUGUCGAUAAUAAAGAAAUCGAUCGUAAAAGAAAGCGACGAGAAUCCUUAUCAGGAAUGCUGAAUUGGGUAAUCCAGACAGCAACACAAGUUGGUGAUGCUUCAAUUGGAGUGAUACCAGGGCCAGCUAAGUGGAAGAAUCAUGAAGGCAACGAGUUCUGGUUCCAGGCAAUUAAAGCAAGGGAGGCAUUGAUGCUAAGAAGAGAUAUUACUCCAAAGACUGAAGAAUUACUCCAGCAGAAGAAACUAAGGAUGCAUCCUUUGAUGUAUGAAGAUACUAUUGCUGCUGGUCACCAUUCCUCAGAGAGGUUAAGAUGCAGAGGAAGGAUUCCUCAGUCUACUAAAUCUCGCUCGUGCACUUGUUGCAAUUCUUUGCUGCCUACUCAGAGUAAUUCGAUAAGUCCUCACAUGGUGUUGCAUGACGAUUCUAAGGAGCAAGAACCUAUGGAAGUUGAUUUAGCCUCUCCACAUAGAUCGGUUAUCCCAUCUGACGAUGAUGAAUCCCGUGAAAAGUAUGUUUCUGUGGGCCCUCUCUCUCAAGCUGAUGUUCCUGAAUGGACUGAUGUGGCCUCAGAAAGUGAUAGUAAAUGGCUAGGCACAAGGGUAUGGCCCUUGCAAUGUGAAGAAGACAAUUCCCUCGUUGAAACAGAUAUCAUUGGCCGAGGAAGACCAGAUUCCUGUGGCUGUCAGCUUCCAGGUUCUGUUACAUGUCAUAGAUUUCACAUUGCUGAGGCUAGGAUGAAACUGAAGAAAGAACUCGGUUCCUUGUUCUAUCAUUGGAGAUUUGAUCGUAUGGGAGAGGAAAUUUCUCUUCAGUGGACAGCUGAAGAGGAAAAGAGAUUCAAGACCUUGGUACAGUCAAAGUAUCCUUUCUUUUGGAAUAGUGCAUCCAAGUGGUUUCCCAGAAAAACUAGGGAAAACUUGGUGAGCUAUUACUUCAACGUGUUUCUUGUUAAGCGAAGAAGUUAUCAGAACCGUGUAACUCCUAAAAAUAUAGAUAGCGAUGAUGACGAAACAGAUUUUGGGUCUUUAAGUGAGGGUUUUGGGCACGAGGCAGUCAAAGUUUCAGGCUCCAAUUUUCUGGCUUGUUCCCAGAAUAAGCAGUGUGACGACUUGGAUGAUAAAAAUGCUGUAUAGGAGUCAGAAAAUCGGACCAGUGGUUUACACCACUGCAUGUUUUAUACAACUUUGCAAACGGUGGUGCAAUGGUGGCGGAAGCAGACCUGGAGGGAUUCGUGAUGUGGCCGGAAGGUAGAUUUUGUGUAAUGCGCUGAAGAAUGCUGUUGGUGCUGCUGAAGUGUCUUCAGUUCUGCUUUUAGAAAACCAUGCUACUGUUUUGAAUGGCUGCAUCUUGAAUAGUUUUUCCAAUACCAGGUUUUGGGACUUUAGAUACAACCUUUUAUAGGGAAAAUGAGGGGAGACUAUACAGUGGUUUAAGUUGUAGUUUCUUUAAGGUUUUUAGAAAUGUGGAUAUUGUGCUGUAGUUGUUAUCCUUUUGCGCGCUUCUCAUAUUUCAGAGACGUGAAUAUGUCUUUGCCAUUAUCAUUUUGGUUCUCGGUG